AUGGUUGACGCAAAGAAGCUCCCGCAAGUUCCUGAGACUAUUCUCAAGCGUCGUAAGCAAAAAGCCGAGAUCAGGGAGAAAAUCAAGGCCAACAAGGUCAAGGCAGCUAAGAAGGCCGAGGAGAAGAAAGGAAAGAUCUUCAAGCGCGCCGAGAAGUAUGUCACGGAGUACCGCAAGAGGCAACAAGACCAACUCCGUCUGAAGCGUGAGGCCGAGAAGAGUGGAAACAUCUACGUGCCCGAGGAGCCAAAGCUUGCCUUUGUUAUCCGAAUUCGUGGUAUCAACCAGCUCCACCCUCGCCCAAGAAAGGUGCUUCAACUUCUUCGCCUUCGUCAAAUCAACAAUGGUGUCUUCGUCAAGUUGAACAAAGCCACCAUCCAAAUGCUCCGAAUCGCUGAGCCAUACAUUGCCUGGGGAUACCCGAAUCUGAAGACUGUGCACGAUCUCGUCUACAAACGUGGAUUCGCCAAAGUCAAUCACAAGCGCAUUCCAAUCACCAACAACGAGAUCAUCGAGGAGAACCUUGGCAAGGAAGAUAUCAUCUGUAUGGAGGAUCUCGUUCACGAAAUUUUCAAUGUUGGACCCAACUUCAAGAGAACCACUAACUUCUUGUGGCCAUUCAAGCUAAACAACCCAACUGGUGGAUGGGAAAAGAAGACCAAUCAUUUCGUUGAGGGAGGAGAUUUCGGAAACCGUGAGGACCAGAUUUCGGCUCUCGUUUCCAAGAUGCUC